AUGUCCGUUGUGAGAUGGGCCAUGGAGGCAGAUGUAGUCUUAAAUUUAGGUAUAAAGGUGGUGGACCGUUUUGGUCGUAGUGCACUCGCCAAAUGUUUACCUGAUGUUACCAAAACUAGUAGCACCAGUGACCAAUCAAAAAGAAGUGCAGAUGAACCUCAGUCAUUAAAAGAUACCAGUACACCGACCAAAAAAAGAAAGCUUGACCCUCAUUGUUCUGUUGUAUACAUUAACUUGAAGAAGCAAAAUGACGGUGUACCUGCAAAAGGCCUCCCACUGACCCCCUUAUGCGGCUCUAACCAGCGCUCCCUCACCAUUCCUUCAUUCUCCGCAGCCAGCAUUGCCAAGCAAAGAAACAGAAAGAAAAGUAAAACGAACACAGACAGUGACUCUGCCAACUCACUGAUUUCACUUAUCACUGAUCAGGAGGACUCCAGUAUUGAAGUUGAUGAAAAUGAUUAUGAAUGUGAGAGUCUUGCAGCCUCUGUUACUGCAAACACACAACCCACUGCACAAACAAUAGAAAAUGCUGACACUACCAAGCCAGCUGAAAGUGAUGAGGUUAGGACAGAAUCAAAAGUUAGCCAGGUCAGAGUACUAAAAAUGGACAUAUCACAUACAUCUAAAGUCAACUCUUUGGUUGGAGGUACGCAAAUUAGUCAAGAGCCGACUCUUCAAAAUGAAAGGAAAACUUUGGACAGUGCCAUGGACAGAACAAGAGAAUCUAACCUCAGCGGAAAAAAUAAUCUUGAAAAAGAGCAUGCUAGUCAAAAUGUAAAGAGUAAAGACGGUUCCAAAAAUAUCUCCAGCAGUGAAAAAGACACAAGUGACACACGUAAACCAAAUAAAGACACAAGUAGUACAACACCUGACUUAGAUGAAAGAAAUCAAAUUUCAAAUAAAUCAGCUACAUCUGCAGCAACUCCUGACGUAGACCCAAGAACUGAUCCUGAAAAGACCAAUAACAAAGUAUCACCUGGCAGCAAAAACAAAGAGAAAUACACAAAGGUAGAUGAUUCUACAAAUGUCUCAGUCCAUGAAGAAAAUAACAACAACUCUGAAAAGGCAAAUAAUGAUAAUAAAAAUACUGGUUAUAGCAAAAGAUCUGAAUCUGAACAGACAACAAAACAACAAAUUACAAAUGACAGAGAAAAGGAAACUGAUGAAUGUACUGAGGACAGUCCAUCAGCAUCCUCUAAUACAUUGAUCCAGAAAGAUGAAAAUAAAAAACAGGGACAAGGAUCUAAAAACGAGAAUAUGAAUCAAAACAAAGCAAAGGAAAAAGAAGAUUCCCAAAAAAAUGAGAACACUAUGAAGGUCACAAAUGCUUCAAACCUGCAAAGUGGAGCUGGACAAAAAUCAAAUAAACAAAAGGCAGAUAACGAAGAGGAACAAGAAGCUAUUCGAAGGGAACUUAAUCCUGAGGACUGUAUCACACUAUAUUUCCAUGUCAUUGUUUCCAAACAUUUUAAUGUGAAAACCAACGAGGAUAAGGUGAUAGUAAAAGGUGGAGGGAUUAAAGGCUAUAGACCAUGGAAAGAUGCCAUCUGCACGAUGAACUACACAGAAGACCUCAAGCAUCAUGGUUUCCUGUAUGAAGGGCAAACUCGAGUUCCCAAGGAUUGUUUGGAUAGACCCAUCGCAUACAAGUAUGUUAUUGUGCAGGCAAAUGGGAAAGAGGAGUAUGAAUAUAUCUAUAAUGCGGAUGAAGAAAAAACUGUGAAUCGUUGCCUGCAUAUUCAGUCCAAAUAUGUGCAAGGAAAAGAGUGGCAUCAGUAUGAUGAUGUGUGUAUGAAGGAAGAUCAUGGGUUAAUGGCAACGCUAAGGAGCAUAGUCAAAGAUAAAUACAAAGAUAUCUUUAAUGGAAAGAUGAUGGCUGGUGAAGUCAUGCUCAGCAGGAUUUUCAGUAUUCUCACAGACUGUGAUGCCAUCAAUAUGUCCAAUUUCCUAAUCCAGCUUCAUCAGUUGAAUGUCGUGUACGCAGAGCCACUUUUGAUUGGAGGAGACAGAGUAAUAUCAUGGAAGAAUCUUAAAUUUGGAGUUCCUCAGAAAAUUGAAUGUGUUUUAAAGAAACUGAUACAACUCAUGGAAAAACAGGACAAGACCCUCCUUGGAGCCUGCAGAGUCACAGGAAAGCUUGGUCAGAACCUUGUAGGCAAGCGGUUCCGGGAUGCGGAAGAGUUGUCAGGGCAAGCAGGGAUCAGAAGACAGGCAGCAGACAGGCGGAGUCGAGAGCCUCCCAAUGCUGAUGCAUUUCAAAUGUGUUGCAAAGCUAGCCUGGACCUGCACAAAAUCAUCUGCUGUACCCCAUCAUUGAAGACUGAACAGCAACUCCCAGCUCUUUCAGCCAAAAUAAUCUUAACAAUGUUACGUAUCUCAGGUUUACCGGGAGGUGCCUUCUCCCCCCCCAUCCGUAAAGUCGGCGGAGAGGCGUGGCAUGUCAUCCUUAAGGCUGGUGAAAAUGCAACUCAGAGGUGGAAGAAUGCUCUUGUCCCUGUUUUGGUCAGGAAGAUUAAACAGGAAGAAGCAAUUGAUCAAAUUUCUCUGUAUUGUAAAGAACAGAAGGCAUUUAAAGGUCUUCACCCAUCCAUUAAUAAAUGCUUUGAAGACUGUGCAAUCAAAGCAGUGCAUGUGGCAUGCCAGUCAGAGACCAAUAUUCUUAGCAAGUUAAGUUCUUACAAUCUGGAAAAUUUUGGACGUUUGGUGUCAAGUGUUAUAGAAAAUUCAUGGCCAAAGGAUAACCAAGGAAACUAUGUUAAAGAGAGUGAUGCAAUUUUACAGCACUUGCUAAUGUGGACAGAUGCAACAUACAUAUUUAAACUUUACGGAACAGAUAGCCGAAUAAUAUCACAGUUUGGAGUGGACAUCCAAGAACUGGUGGCUCUUUCAGAAUCUGUAUUUCUGGAGGCUGUAAGGAAUGUCAUGGAUGGAAAGGUGCUCUAUAAACAUAUAGAGAGUAUUCUAAAGCACAAGGAACAGUUUGUAGCCAUUUGUAAACUGAAAACCAAAAAAGAGGAGAAACUCUUGUUGAGUGAAAUAAAUCUAGUGUUGAAGUGGAGGAAGGCUGAAUUAGACAAACUACAAACGGAGCGUGAAUGGGUGAACAGUCUUUUCAAAAUGAUCGAGAGUGUUGAUAAGUACAUAAAAGUGAAUGUUUCUGAAAUUCAUGCAAAGCAUUUACAAGAACUGGGAUCACAAAAGCUAAUGGAUAUGUUACCAGUGAAGACACUUAAUUCGCAUUAUAAAUUUACUGGACAUGGCUUGUCUUAUUAUAACCUCAGUGUUCCUUCCAUGACCAUGGCUGAACACCUGAACACGUUCAGGACUAGCCAUGUCUUUACCACUUGUUGGGAGAGACAAGCCAAGGCUCUUGCCAAGCGUUCUCAUAGUCUGCCCUCUAAUGAGAGUGAAGGUGACACUGUGUUGACGGUUGAGGAAAUAGUCAAUAAACUCUUCAAUCCAUGUUUGGAAAAUUGCAAGAAGAUUUAUAAUGACCUUAAAUCUGGACAAGUCACCUUUGAAGUUGUGGACAAGUUUUUAGCAGAUUUCAAAGACAAUUAUGGAAAUCUGAAAAAAGAGCUGGAAAUCUUGUGUGGCUUGGGAGACAGAGAGACUAAAACAUGGAUCUCGAACCGCGUGAUGCAGAUUAAAGAGUACCAUCAACUUGAUGUAGCCUUUCGUUCUGCAGAGGCUAUAUCUGAAGUAAAAGGUUUUUUCAAUCUGGAUGGGGACUUCCAAACAUUAGAAACCCUGCUGCAAUUUGCUGAUGAGUUUGAGAACUAUAAGCAAAAGUCUCUAUCUUGUAUAAGCGCAGAAGUAAUGAAAACCAAACAAGUGUUGUCGAAAGUUAAUGAAAAUCACAUUGCAUGUCUUAAGGAGGUCUUGAAAAGAAAAGAGUUUAUUCUCUGGGUGAAAGAAGCAUUGACAGAUGUCAAUGAGCUGAAAGUGUUUGUUGACUUGGCCUCCAUUUCUGCUGGAGAGAACGAUAUGGAUGUGGACCGUGUUGCCUGCUUUCAUGACGCAGUGCUGGGGUAUUCACCAUUGUUUUAUGACCUGAAGCGUGAGUUUGGGUUUGACAGCUUCAUGCAAUGCCUGGAGAAAUUAUGGAAAGCCCUACAAAGUGACCCGAAACUUCCAGAAAAGUUGAGAGACUCUGCUCGUCAUAUAGAAUGGCUGAAGACUGUAAAAGAGAGUCAUGGUUCAGUUGAAUUGUCAUCUCUGUCCCUGGCAACAGCUAUCAACAAAAAGGGGAUCUAUAUCAUCAGAGCACCCAAGGGCAAGAAGAAGAUUUCACCUGACAAUGUAUUGAACCUGGUUCUACCAGAGAAUAAGGAGAACAAUCGUUGGUACACACUAGAGGAGCUGAAGGAACUGCUUAACAAACUUAUGCUAAUGUCAAGCAAGGGAGAACAAGGCAAUGUGGAAGUUGACAGGUUUUCGGAGAUAUUUUCUAAUGUUCAGAGGCUGGCUGGCUCUUUUAUUGACCUCUAUCUGGCUGGAAAUAUGCUGUUUAGAACGUGGGAGGCAGUGAUCCACUGUGCAGAUAAUGCUACAGUCAGUGUUCUGAUGAACUUUGAUGUUGAGGGAAUUGAUGAACUUCAAGGACAAGAAGCUCUUACCGAUUUGCUUCCAAACAUCUGCAAAACCAUGGAGAGAUUGUUGGAAGAGUGGCUGGCCUUUGUCAACAAGAAGAGAUCCAAGCUAUACUACCUAAACUACUACACAGCAGAGCAGCUGGUAUACCUGUGCCAGCAGUAUCAGAUGAGGGAAAUCAGUGAGGAGGCUCUUGUAAUGUUGUCUUUUAUUAAACCUGACUGUGCAAACAUAGGCAACACCAACUACUUCUGCUUUCCAAAGACCAUUUCUCCUAAUCUAACUGCUGUAAACCAACCAGAUAUGAAGGAUUUUGCAAUGGAACUUGAAGACUAUAGUGAUGUUUCAAAGAAACUAGAGCUGGUUUGGAAGUUCUCUAUGGAUAACAUGAACUCUUUCUUCCCAGGUUGCCUGGAUUUGGAUGCCCUGGGUACUAGCUUAGCUGCUCUGGCUGAACUAAAUAAAAAAUGGAUAGUCCGUGACCUUCAUCCAAGUUUGCAGCCUGGCCGGCCCAAUCUGAUUAUUUGUCCUCCAUCAGAAAUGUUGUCCUGUGCUAUAUCAGUUUACAUGCACAGCUCUGGUGAGCCAUUGCCUUCCUACGAUGAAGUUCUCCUGUGCACGCCUCAUACCACCUUUGAAGAGGUGGCCUUGUUUCUUCAUAGAUGUUUGACACCGGGGUACAAUGGGAAGAAGAUUUAUAGUUUGAUUAAUGCAGAUCAGCUAAGCUAUGAUGUUGGGUAUAAGUCUGAGCUGCUAUUUCAACAACUACAGGCCAAGUGCAUAGAAAAGUACAAUCUUGUAAUCAUAUGUAACUCUGAUCGAGAGGGUUGCUACAUUCCUUCAGUUUUCAGCCAAUUCAAGAUUCAUGUGAUCCCCCAAAUGCAACCUGUGGAGAUUCAGCGUUACCUGCGUACACAUUUUAAAGUUGGUUCGAAAGUUGUUUCAGCGGCUUCUGUGUUUAAGAAUGGAAUGAGUGCAGGAAUUGUGUCAUCUAAGCGAGCUGGGGUUGGAAAAUCUCUGUAUGUGAAAAGGCUUUACCAAAGACUUGGGUCAAAAUUUUCAAGUAAUAAGCCACUUCUCAAAAUAAUUCGACUCAUUAAGCCAGAGGUGGAUGAGAACAAAGUAUUGGAAACCUUACUUCCUUUUCUAAAUGGGAAAUCGAAGAGCUGUCCUAUAAUAUUCCAUAUCGACAUUACAUCUUCUGUGAAAAGUGGCAUUUCAGAGUUCCUGUUUAAACUCCUUGUCCUGCAAUAUCUGAUGGAUUCUGAGGGAAGAAUAUGGAAGCGUCUGCCCAGUCACCUGUACAUCAUUGAGAUUUUGGAAUCUUCAGACACUUUAUUUAGAAAACAAUGUAAAUCUGUUCCUCGAAUUGUGCAACAUGGUUUCAUUGACUUCUUCCCUAAGAUUUACUGCUGCUCUCCAAAAGAGGUUCUCACAAAAACUACACAAACUGAUGUAAUUGAUUGUGGAGAUCCAGGAAUGGACAUUGAGGAAUUUCGUAGUGAAUGUUUCCAGAGACCGUACCAAUACCUGAUUCGCUUUGACCAGGGACAAAAUCUAGAUGCGUUUGUGUACAUAGAAGGACACACCGAAGGAGACCCAGCACAAUGUCUGCAGAUAUUUCUUCUUUACUGUGGCAUAGUUGACCCUUCAUGGUCUGAACUCCGGAACUUUGCAUGGUUUCUAAACCUUCAGCUAAGAGACUGUGAAGCUUCAGUGUUCUGUAACCAUGAGUUUGUUGGAGAUACACUGCAAGGAUUCAAAAACUUUGUGGUGAAUUUCAUGAUAUUAAUGGCAAAAGACUUUGCUACUCCUUCUAUGCACAUUGCAGAUCAAAGCCCAGGAAGAUAUGAGAUUAAUCUUGAUGGAGUCAAGGACCUGGAACCUUUCUUAAUGCGCAAGAGAUGGGAGUCUGAGCCACAUCCCUAUAUAUUCUUUAAUGAAGACCAUGCAUCCAUGACAUUUAUAGGAUUCCACCUGGAACCAAAUAAUGCGGGUGGGGUGGAUGCCAUCAAUCCUAGAAAUAACAGCAUAAUUCGACAAAAUGUUAUGUCCUUGCAACUUUAUGAAGGCUUGAGGGUUCAGAGAGUGCCAUUCAAUACUGAUUUUGACCAGUUGCCCAGACAUGAGAAAAUAAGCAGCUUAUGUAUGGUGCUAGGAAUUCAGUGGCCGAUGGACCCUGAUGAAACAUAUGAGCUCACCAUGGAUAACAUGCUAAAGAUUUUAGCAAUUAAGAUGAGGUUCCGAUGUGGAAUACCUGUAGUCAUCAUGGGAGAAACCGGUUGUGGGAAAACCAGGCUGAUUAAAUUCUUGUGUCAUUUGUGUAAGGGAUAUGUUGAAACAGAAAACAUGAAGCUUGUAAAGGUUCAUGGUGGUACCACUUCUGAGACAAUCUACCAAAAAAUAUUGGAAGCCCAAGAAAUUGCACAGAUUAACAAGCUAGAGGGAUGUGAAACUGUAUUGUUUUUUGAUGAAGCAAACACCACUGAGGCCAUUAGCAGCAUCAAAGAAGCCCUGUGUGAUCACACGGUAGAAGGGGUGCCUUUGCAAGAAGACUGUGGUCUACAUAUCAUUGCUGCUUGCAACCCUUACAGAAAGCACACUGAUGACAUGAUCAAACGUUUAGAAUCUGCUGGACUAGGUUAUAGAGUGAGAGCAGAUGAGACAAAAGAAAGGCUUGGCUCCAUUCCACUGAGACAGCUUGUGUAUCGGGUGCACGCUUUGCCUCCUAGCAUGAUUCCACUUGUAUGGGAUUUUGGGCAACUAAACAAUGAAACUGAAAAUAAAUACAUUCAGCAGAUUGUGCUGCGCUUAUCCAAAGAGAUUCAGCUUUCUACUUCUGACAUCCAGUUGUUAACAGAUGUCCUUUCAGCCUCUCAGUCCUACAUGAGAAACAAAAAUGAUGAGUGCAGCUUCGUAAGCCUUAGGGAUGUGGAACGUUGCAUAGAGGUCUUCAAAUGGUUUUAUAGCCGUCAUGACAGGCUGAAACAUCAUCUAUCCCUGGCACGGAGAAGAAUAAGUACUGACAGUGUGGUAGAUAAAGCAGCUUGGUCUCUGGUUCUUGCUGUUGGCGUGUGCUAUCAUGCAUCUUUGGAAACCAAAGAUUCUUUCAGGAGGGCUAUAUGUAAAUUAUUUCCUCAGCCUUAUAGAGACCCCACCAUUAUUUUACAGGAAAUAACUUCCAUUCAGGAGCUCUUCUUAGCAGGUGUACAAUUAAGGGACACCAUUGCAAGAAAUCUUGCUUUGAAGGAAAACCUCUUUAUGAUGGUCAUCUGCAUCGAGCUAAAAAUUCCAUUGUUUCUGGUUGGAAAACCUGGAAGUUCAAAGUCUCUUGCAAAGACUAUUGUUGCUGAUGCUAUGCAAGGCCAAACAGCUCAUACAGAAUUGUAUAAGGACCUUAAGCAGAUCCACUUGGUGUCUUUUCAGUGUAGUCCUCAUUCAACUCCAGAAGGGAUUAUUGGUACAUUUAGGCAGUGUGCCAGAUUCCAGGAAGGGAAGAAUCUAAACGAAUAUGUGUCUGUAGUUGUACUUGAUGAAAUAGGGCUUGCAGAAGACUCCCCUAAAAUGCCUUUAAAAACACUUCAUCCUUUACUAGAAGAUGGAUGCAUUGAUGAUGACACCUCACCACACAAAAAAGUUGGAUUUAUUGGCAUCUCUAAUUGGGCUUUGGAUCCAGCAAAAAUGAACCGAGGGAUAUUUGUAUCCCGAGGUGACCCAAACAAAAAAGAGCUUAUUGAAAGUGCAAAAGGAAUUUGUUCUUCCAAUAAAUUAAUUCUCUGUAAAGUCUCACAAUACUUCUCUAACUUCUCAGAGAGGUAUCUCAAAGUUUGCAAAACCUUAAAGGAACAGGAAAAGGAAUUCUUUGGUCUACGAGAUUUCUACAGUCUGAUAAAAAUGGUGUUUGCUUUUACCAAGCAGUCUCAAACCAGCCUGACCCUGGAUGAAAUUGCUAGGGCUGUCCUGAGGAAUUUCAGCGGGAAAGAUGAGGUGAAUGCCUUGGAAAUUUUCCUAGGAGAUGAAAGCAGAAAUAUAGAAUGUAGCAACACAAUAGAUUUGGUGAUGGAGAACAUCAGAAGUGACAGUGAUGAUUGCCGUUACUUGUUAAUAUUAACCAAAAACUAUGCUGGAUUACAAAUCCUUCAGCAAGCUUUCCUCAAGGAAAACCAACAACCAGAAAUCAUCUUCGGCUCCAGUUUUCCAAAGGACCAAGAAUAUACUCAGGUUUGCCGAAAUAUCAACCGUGUUAAGAUUUGCAUGGAAACUGGACAGAUGGUUAUACUGCUUAAUCUACAGAACCUGUAUGAAAGCCUCUAUGAUGCAUUGAACCAAUACUAUGUCUAUCUAGCUGGCCAAAAAUAUGUUGACCUGGGCUUAGGCACACAUCGUGUCAAGUGCAGAGUCCAUCCAAAGUUCCGAUUGGUAGUCAUUGAAGAAAAAGAAGUCGUGUACAAAGAUUUUCCAAUUCCUCUCAUCAACCGUCUUGAGAAACAUUACUUGGAUAUAAACACAUUCCUGAAAAAAGAACACAAGGUUAUCGUUUGCGUGUUGGAAGCCUGGGUAGAGGAUUUCACUAAAGGCAAACAAGCCUACACCAUUGGUAACACCCAGACUUACAGGCCUUCAGAUGUUUUUAUUGGUUACCAUUCAGAUACUUGUGCUUCAGUUGUUCUUCAAGUGACAGAGAACAUGAAGCAAUCACAUACUGAUACUCAAAUCAAAGAAGAUGUGAAGAACAAAGCCGUACAGGUCUUGCUAAACUGUGCCACACCUGAUUCUGUCAUCCGCUUAGGCCGGAAAGAAUUGAUUGAGGAAUACUUCAAGAAGCAGAAACAUGGUUCAUUAUUAGAUUUCCUUUACUAUCAUGUGACAACUGGAUUUGAUGAUCAUACCAUUUUCACAGAGAUCACAACAUUUUCCCGCCUUCUGACAUCUGCUGACAGAAAGGUUUUAGAAACUGAGUUACGAAGCCAAGUCAGUAGCAUUGAAAUUUUGUCCCUGCAGCAGUUUGAUACAGAGUUCUCAUUCUUGAAAAAGAUUCGGAGUUUUCUUGAAUGCUCAUCUGGAAAUCUAAUAUUGAUUAUACAGACUGAUUUUGAAGAAGGAUCCCAAGGAGCAAAUCUUGUGGCAUCAGCAAAGUACGCUGCUGUGAAUGAGAUACAAAAGGUGAAUCUCAAAGAAGCGUCUGUAUUUGUCUACUUCAUAACCAAACUUCCCAGAAUGCAAGGAGGCACUUCUUAUGUAGGCUUCCGAGGAGGAUUGUGGCAGUCCAUUCACAUAGAUGAUCUGAGGAAGUCUAAGGAUAUGGUUGAUGAUGUAACAGCACUUCAGGAUCUCACCAUAAGCCGUCUGUUCUAUACUGAAGAGAAAAAAGAACCAGGAAAGAAUGAUACUAAGCACAAAACAAACAUGGAAACAGAGAUGGAGGUAGAAAUGAUCCAUGGAAAAAAAGACGGUGAGAUCCACGGCAGGGGUGAUGAAGAGGACAAGAACGAAGAGAUGGAUAUAGAUAUGGAAGACAAAAUGGAGACUGAAAAUGAAACUUCUGAAGAUCAAGAAAUGGAAACUGAUGAUCCACUGCCCAGACCAGAGGAUAUGUUGGACACCACCAUUCUCAUCCGAAGCUGUGUUCAGAAUGCCAUAGGCUUAUUAAGGGAUGAGGAAAAUGUUGAAAGCCGUAGCACCAGAAGGAUUGAGAUCCUAAUAAGCCUCCUUAGCACAGAAGAUCAGAUAAAGAGCUCUUUCUUAAAAAUGCUGAAGAACCGCCUGUUCAAGUUGCUAAAAAUACAGGAAGAAAAUGUAUAUAAUCCUGAACAAUGGGUCAUACGGGAGGCUGCAAAUCAGGAUGCUCUGCAGGAAGCUGGAACUUUCAGGCAAACCCUUUGGAAACGUGUUCAGACCGCUGUCACACCGCUUCUGUCCCAAAUCUUGUCUGUUGUUGAUCGUAAUGCCAACCUGGACCUCCUUGUGGCAAAGCAUGUGGAAGACUAUGUGAAAUGCCUAUGGAUGUACAUUUUUCAUGAUGAAAAUCUUCUGCUUAUCUCAAAUAGUCACAGUUCACAGAAUAAAACCAUUCUGGUGAAGAACUACAUGAAUAUCGCUGUAUUUGGGGAAAAUUGUUUACCUUUCAGCUGGAGGAUUAAAGAUUAUCUGGAAGAUAUUUGGACUCAGGCCCAGCACAUACAUAGUGCAGAAGGUCCUGCAAUGAAAUUUCUAGAGAUCUUCUGUAAAACGCCAUUGGGAAAAUAUGUCUCCUCUGAGGAAGAGAACACACAACACAAACUUUUCCUGAUUUACAAGAGAGAUUUUAUCCUUAUGACCAUGAGCAUAUCCUCUGCUGAAGAGUUAAAGAUCAUGGAGUUUGCUCUUUCUGCAUGUAUCGAAGAAUUAAGAUCCUCCACAAAAUCUAAGGAACCCUUACAGCUUCCAUGGGUCCAUAUUGGAUAUAGUAAAUUUCAACACAGGCUGCAAAACCUGAACAGGAUUUUGGUGAUCAACCCCUCAGUGUUGGGCUUCUUCCUUCAAAACAUCACGGAUCCCAAGCCAAUGCUAAGGAAUGAGAUGGUUCUUGACAUCUAUGCUGCCAUUGCUUGUCUAGAAUCAUUGAAACACACCAUGCAGAGAUCUGACCCUCAAGAAUGGAUGCGACAAGUAAAAACCAUACAAAUGCCCAUUGAAUUGACCUGCUCGGAAGGAUAUUUACAGGGACAGGGUGCUUGGUGUGAAACAGAAAUAAAACAGAUCAGAGUACUUUGGAAUUGUGUAUUUUCAAUGGCACUUUUUAUGGGACAUCUUUUGGUGGGGGAGAAUCUCCAGGACAAAAAAAUGCAGGAACUGAUAAAAGGCCAUACCUUAUUCCUUGGGCGUUGUCUGGAACAAUUUACAGAUAUAAAGACAGCUAAACCAUUCAUGGCGGUUGUGAAUGCACUUCACAAAUGCAGAAAUGAAGUUGCUAACUCUGUAUUAAGGGAGUCCAUACAGAAAAAUAUUGAGUUUAGAAAGCAGUGCAAUGGAUUUUUCAUGGAUAUUGUAUGCAACUUGUGCUUCAAGGACAACAGACCACCAGAUGAUGAGGUCAUACACCAUCUAAUAUCCUUUCUAUUCGACAAGCCUGAUUCUGUAAGUCACACACGGUCUCUUUCCCCCUUUGAGGAUGCUGUGGACAAAACUCCAGUGAUACGCUCUGUCAUAUUGAAACUGCUGCUGAAGUACAGCUUUGACAAUAUAAUGAAACAUGCACAAGAUUAUUUAGACAGAGUCAAAAGAAGCAAUCUUCUCAAACUCGCAGACACAAAAGAAGUAUACCUGCUAUUCAUUAACUGUCUGGAGGAUUCACUAUAUGAAAAAAAACAAAAAGUUCCAAAUGAGGAUGAAAAACUUAAAUACUUUGAAUUGGAAGCAUUGUUUUUGCAAAAUUACUUAAGAAGCAGCAAGUGGCAAAGAAAUGAGGAGACAUCAGUACAGCUGCUUCAGGAUGUGGCCAGAGUGAGGCUGGCACUUGAUGUGGCGGCAGAAAUGAUGUCAGUCAAACUGAGAGGAUCCAAAAAUGAACAGUACCUGAGAUGUGUGGAGGAUUUAUGCUCCCAGUCUGGCAAUGAUUGGUACAGAGUCUAUCUAAUACGCAAACUGGCUAACCUGGAGGGCAUAGACAUGGUCCAAAGACAUUUUAAAGAUCCUAAAUUCAGAUGGCUGUUCCCUCGAGAAAUGUUGCAGAAAACGGACACUGAGACAAAUCACAUUGACCAUUUCUUGGUGUGUAGAGAAAGUUACAAAGUACUGAGGGAAGGUAUAAGCAGAGCAAUGAUGGAAGGCAAAGAAGAAAGGAUUGCAACUGCCAUGGAGGAAUGUAAAAACCGGGAUCAAAAACUGGCUGUCCACCUCCUACUCGCUGUAUUCCGUGAAAUAACCUUGUGCUAUGGGGUCGGUAAUAAUGGUCAACAAAAUACAUCACCUGAACAGGAGUCUGUGAUGGAUUUUAUAAAAAAUGCCAACAUUUUCAAGGACGCAUCUCUGAAACAAUUUUUGGAGACUCUGCUGACCAACAGCCGGCCAGUUGUCCGAGCUCUUCCUGGCAUGAGAGGGUCAUAUGUCACAAUCUUUGGAUUAGCGGUACACUUGGCCUCCAUUCUUCUAUCUGGAAAUAACCGCCUUUUGGCACCAUUAAAAAAUCUCUCAUUCUCUCCUGCUAGAAUGCAGAACUCCUUCUUGCCAACCAUGCCAGAGGACAUGCUUUCGCAGGUUAGAAAUGUAAUGACAGAACAACUGCACUGGUAUCGUUGUCCCAAGGGCCACUACUGUGCUAUUGGAGAGUGUGGUCAGCCAAUGGAGACCAGCCAUUGUCUGGAUUGCGGUGCCAAUGUUGGAGGCCAACACCAUAAAGCCCUUCAGGGAUUCGAGAGGAUUCAGCAGGAUGUAGACCGAACACAGACUGGACAUGUGUUGGGAGACCCAGAUCCCCAGGGCCCAGCUGUGGCUCCAGACCGAGAUAUAGCAGCCCCUGCCUUUAUUUUACUAAGGAUGAUAACACAUCUGGCAAUGCUUCUGGGAUCAGAAGAGGAUACGCAGAGCCUGAUGCGCAUUGUGAAGCCACCAAUUCAAAAUGUUACAAAUUUCAUUUUUUGUCACAUUGAAAGAGAUCUGGAAUAUCUGAGGAACAGCCUUGGGAAAAGCACAGAUGACACCACAACCAUUGUACAUCUUAUACUUGACAAAAUGCUGAGUCCACAACACUCUGGGCAGUGGCCUGUCAACUUUGAUGAAACUUGGUCAACCAAAGAAAUGAGGAACAACUGGGAGAAGCAUUUUGUAUCAAUGGUCAUUACCCCUGUGCUCGGGAGCUUAGACAGGGACCUCAUGACUGUGAACAAUUACAUCCGUCAGGAUGAGAGAAUUAGUUCCAAUCCUGUAGUAAAGGUGGUGUAUGGUGAUCCUCUGAUAAGUGGAGAGAAGAUGGACUUGCCAAAGGACAGUAAUGUGUAUUGCUCAAAGAUAUGGAGCUGCAGAGAACGGAUCACCAUUGAAUAUAUACUACAUACUGUCCAGCAGCAGGAUGGAAAAGACACCCUUCCUCUACUCUGGAAAUUCCUGGAGAAAGAAACAGAACUACAGAUGGUGAAAUUUUUGCCAGAUAUGUUGAAACUUCAGAAGGAUUUGGUGAAGAAAUUCCAGAAUUACAAAGAUAUCAACUUUAAAACUAUUGGAGAUUUCUUGCAAAGCAUAAAGUCUGGUGGAGCUCAAUGUAUGUUUGAGCAGCCUAUACAAAAAUUCAUACGUGCUUGGAAUCAUCUGCGGCUUUUCCUGCAGACAAAUGGUGAAAUAAAGCUCCCAGAAGGCAUGUGUGAUGAGAUUCUUACCAUGGAAAGCGAAUUCGAGUUUCUUCUUCCUCGUCGGCAGGGACUGGGCCUGGGUGCUACAGCACUCACCAGCUACCUCAUAGCACUGCACAACAGUUUUAUAUAUGCACUGGCAAAAUACACCAACAUUGAACCUAAUUACUCUAUUAAAGCUUCUGAAGUAAUGGAUCUACAUGUGAUCAGUUAUGAGCUGGAAAAGGAUCUAGUGCCUAUAAUCUUAUCCAACUGCCAGUAUAGUUUAGAGAGCGGUAAAGAGACUUUACAGGAAUUUGACUUUCCAAAGAUCCAGAAUCAACUCACCACCCGCCUUCUCCAAGGGAAGCCUCUCAUCACCAUGGUUGGAUUGCCAACUCUCACCCUUUCCCAUGACAGAAACUAUGAGCACCUGUUUACAGAUCUAAAGAAAAGACUUCCUCAGGACUCUUUAUCAAACUCAGCAAUAGAUGUUAUAAGCAAAGACCUGAAUGCAUUCAGUGAUGUCUGUGAAGCCUUAAAUAUUGUGGAUAUCUCAAUGGGAUUUCUGGCAACGUCAGGAGGAGAUCCAGAACUUUCCUUAACAAGAUAUGUAGAAGAUGUCCUACAGAUGAAGGAACAGAGCAGCACACAUGUUCUUGAGGCGCUGAAACGCUGUCCCUUAAAAAACACAAUCUCUCUUUGGCAGCUUCUCACUGCACUGAAGUCACAACAUCUUAUACAUCUAAAGAGGGAUCCAUUUGCCAGUGUGGACAAAGCUUACAAACAUAAACUAGACAAGGAGAGGCAGCACGCACUCAAUGUGUUCUUGGAGCAGAAUGGCACAAACCGCUUCCUUCUGGAGCUGCAUGAGAUGAUCAUGCUGAAAUUAGGAAAGCCACAAAAUUAUUUCAAACCUUCAUGGAUCUUAAAGGAGGUGCUGGUUCCCCUUCUUGAUGAUAAAGGUGUUUCCUUCCUGGAACUGGAGAAUGACUUUCCCGAACAAAUUGCACUUGCCCAUUGCAUUGAAGCUUGGAAGGUUGCUGCCAAUAAGAAGUGGAAUCGCAUUUAAUGACUUGGAAUGGAUAAUAGUGGCUGCAAAGUCUAUGUGCUGAAUUCUGAGACCUUAUAUUGCUG